GACAAGCCGAGCGCUGCAGCCGGGCCGGGGCUGGGUGACAAUCCCCCGGCGGCCGUGGGAGCCGCCAGGGCGGCAGGAUGGGCGGCGGGAGGGGAGCAGAUCCAUGAAGGUCCUGGGAGUCGGGGCUCAGGGCGCAGAGCGAAGCCGCCCCGGCUGAGCCAGACCCGGGAUCGCGGCCGGGAGAACCUCGCCAGGGCCGGGCGGCGCCGUGGAUGCUGUAGGACGAUGCCGUGCCGAGCCGGUGGCCGCGUGGUGCUGGCGCUGAUGACGCUGUCCCUCAGCUCCGCAGCCGAGGAGCUGCUGUGUGCCUGCGACGUGCCCCACUGCAGCCAGCCCAACUGCACGGGCAAGGUGUGCUUCGUCAGCAAGAGGAGGGAGGAGGGAACCAUCACCCGGCACCGCGGCUGCUUCUCCCAGAACAUCCUGGAGCACUGCCACACGCCCGUGACGGAGCAGUACGGCAUGAGGUGCUGCAGCUCCCGCAUGUGCAACGCCGAGCUGGACGUCUUCCUGCAAGGAGAAGAGGCCCUGGUAGAGACGCCUUCCCUACCCAACCUCCUGCUGAUGAUCUUCGUCCCUCUGCUCUCCCUCCUCGUGCUGGCGGCGCUCACGGCGCUCUUCUGCUGGAAGCUGGCCCAGCAGCGCCACAAGCACAGCGACUUUGGCGACACGGACCUCAUGCUGAAGGCUUCCAUGAUGGGCGACAGCACCUUGGAGGACCUGCUGAACGACGACUGCACCACGGGCAGCGGCUCCGGGCUGCCCUUCCUCGUGCAGAGAACGGUGGCUCGGCAGAUCACGCUCAUGGAGUGCGUGGGGAAAGGGCGCUACGGCGAGGUGUGGCGAGGCGUGUGGCACGGGGAGAGCGUGGCCGUGAAGAUCUUCUCCUCCCGGGACGAGCAGUCGUGGUUCCGCGAGACGGAGAUCUACAACACCGUCCUCCUCCGGCACGACAACAUCCUGGGUUUCAUCGCCUCUGACAUGACGUCCAGGAACUCCAGCACGCAGCUGUGGCUCAUCACCCACUACCACGAGAACGGCUCUCUCUACGAUUUCCUGCAGAGGACGACCCUGGACGUGGAGACCUGCCUGGGCUUGGCCUCCUCCAUCAUCUGCGGCCUCGUCCACCUCCACGUGGAGAUUUUCGGCACGCAGGGCAAACCCGCCAUCGCCCACCGCGACCUGAAGAGCAGGAACAUCCUGGUGAAAAGCAACCGGCAGUGCUGCAUCGCGGACCUGGGGCUGGCGGUCAUGCACUCCCAGGGCAGCGACUACCUGGACAUCGGCAACAACCCCCGGGUGGGCACCAAGCGCUACAUGGCCCCGGAGGUGCUGAGCGAGCAGAUCCGCACCGACUGCUUCGAGUCCUACAAGAAAACGGACAUCUGGGCGUACGGGCUGGUGCUCUGGGAGAUCACCCGGCGGACGGUGGUGAAUGGCGUCGUGGAGGAGUAUCGGCCGCCCUUCUUCGACGCCGUGCCCAGCGACCCCAGCUUCGAGGACAUGAAGAAGGUGGUGUGCGUGGACCAGCAGACCCCCGUGAUCCCCAACCGCCUCUUCUCCGACUCGGUUCUGUCGGCGCUGGCGAGGAUCAUGAAGGAGUGCUGGUACCAGAGCCCCUCGGCCCGUCUCACCGCCCUGCGCAUUAAAAAGACGUUGAAGAAGCUCAACAAUUCCGUCGAGAAGCCAAAGGCGGAGCAGUGAGCGCCGGGAACCGGGCACCGGAGCCACGGACGAGCCGCAGAGGGGACGGGAUGGCUCCGGUCACUGAGGGGAUUUGCUCAGAGCUCCUGCCUCUCCCACCCCUCCUUCCAGCCGGUUGAAUUUGCAAGCACGGAACAAACCCCAAAAAAAACAAAAAAACAAACCACCACCAAAGGAGGAAUCACCCACCCGGGCCAUAAAAAUAUCCCCGGUGUCACCCGACACCGGCGCGUCUCGCUGUCCCGGCGGGGAUGGCAGCUGGCCGCUCACCUCGGCGCCAGGGCGAGGGGCACGGAUGGCAGAACCACCCUCUGCUGCUCUCCCAGCCCUGGGGGCACCCACCCGGAGCCGGAGCUGCCCGGACCCGCCCGCCCGACGCUGGCAGCGGCCACGCCGGGGGCUCGGCGGCGCCAGGAAUUCCCCGGCGGAGCUGCGGUGCCCGGAGCUCCUCUCGCUAAAGGAAGGAUGGGUUUCGUUCGGAAAGGAUCGUCCGAGGGCAGCAUCCCCCUUUAGCAGCCUGGAUUGUUGGGAUCCCAAAAAACGAGGAGCUGCCGGCGUCCAGCGCGGCCUGAGCCUUCCGUGUGCCGCCAAGGAUGGGGGGUCCCGUGGUGAUGGUUCCUUGCCAAGCAGCCAGCAUCCCCAAAAAAAGGGCUCCUUGGGGUCUUUGCCGAAAUUCUGGCGUUUGCCGAGGUGUUUUUGGCUCAGCCGGCUUCAUCCCGCCUUGCUCCCUGCCGUCCCCAAAAUCCGCGCCCGUGCUUGGAGAUGUUCGGGCACGACCAGGAUGGGACGUUCAGCAGAACCAGCUUUGCCACGUAACUAUUUAAUUAUUAAGAUUUAAUAUAUUUAAUAAAGUGUAAAGCUAUUUUAUCAGCGAGACCUGCCGAACCUCCCGUGCUGGGCACCGCGGCAGGACGGGACUGGGAGCUCCUGCCUGCCUCCUGUCUCCGGCAGCAGCGUUGGAUCCCGUAAAAAACCCGGCUCCAACGCUCUCCCUGAGCCCGUGAGGGGCUGUGGCUGCUCCAGGGGGUCACAGCCCUCCCACCCUGCGGGGUUUGCACGGCCAAAGCCCCCGGGAUGGAAGCAGAGCUUGGCCAUUCGGGGGGUUCAGCUCCAAAGUGUUCCCAGCACAUCGCAGCCGCCGCCUUGGUCUGAGCCCAGUUAGAGACUGGAAGGAACUGGGCAGCAAAGGGGAGCUGCUGGUUCUGGGCAGGGCAUGAGGUUGUGGAGGGUUUGGAGAGCUUUGAUGUGGGCUUGGAGUGCUCAGCCUGGGGUUUGGGGUGCCAUAUCCGGGGUUUGGGGUGCUCAGCCCUGGAGCUGGGUGCCCUGGCUGGGGUUUGGGACACUCAGUGCAUAGUUUGGGGUGCCCUAGCUAGGGUCUGGAGUGCCCUGCCUAGAGUUCAAGACGCUCAGCCUGUGGUUUGGGGUGCCCUACCUGGGAUUUGGGGUGCUGACCCAGGGUUUGGGGUGCUCAGCCUGUGGUUUGGGGUGCUGACCCAGGGUUUGGGGUGCCCUACCUAGGAUUUGGGGUGCUGACCCAGGGUUUGGGGUGCCCUACCUGGCAUUUGAGGUGCCCUACCCAGGGUCUGGAGUGCCCUACCCAGAGUUUGGAGUGCUCAGCCCAGGGUUUGGGGUGCCCUACCUGGGUUUUGGGGUGCUGACCCAGGGUUUGGGGUGCUCAGCCUGGGGUUUGGGGUGCCCUACCCAGAGUUUGGAGUGCUCAGCCUGUGGUUUGGGGUGCUGACCCAGGGUUUGGGGUGCCCAGCCUGUGGUUUGGGGUGCCCUACCUGGGAUUUGGGGUGCUUACGCAGGGUUUGGGGUGCUCAGCCUGGGGUUUGGGGUGCCCUAGGCAGGGUCGGGAGAGCCCUGCCCGGGUUUGGGAUGCCCAGCCCAGGGUGGCUCAGCCCCUACCUGCCCC